UUUUUGUGAAUUCUGAGUAGGCGUUAUUUUCAAUGGUGGAUACUUACAAGAAACCUAGGCAUUAUAUAAAGCCUGCUCACGUACCUCGACCAGUCUCAUUCACAGUUUGCCUCCUCUCCCUACAAACGACAUAGCAAUUGACAAUGGCAACCCUCAUUGCUCCAGGCCACUUCUCUCCUAACGAGGACGCAGAAGCUCUUCACAAGGCCUGCAAAGGAUGGGGGACUGAUGAGAAGGCUGUAAUCUCUAUACUGGCUCAUAGAAAUGCAGCUCAGAGAUAUGAAAUCAGGCUUGCUUAUGAGGGGCUUUAUCGUGAAGAUCUUAUCAAGCGCCUUGAAUCGGAGCUCUCCGGGGAUUUUGAGAAAGCAGUGUACCGUUGGAUAUUGGAUCCUACAGAUC